AUGGAAGGAGUGAGAAAGGUCGGUGUUGAAUUUUUGGGAUUAGAAGAUCAAACCUCAUUCAGAACCAGAUCACCACCCCUGAUAUUAUUCCCAAAAUUGAAACAACUCGGCUUUCACCUCAUGCCGAAUUGGGAAGAGUGGGAAGGCGUGGAAGAGUGGACGAAAGAGGAUUCUGAAAUUACAAUCAUGCCAUUCCUUUUUGAGUUAAGAAUUGAAUUGUGCAAAUCGCUAAAAGCACUGCCAGACUUCCUCUUCAAAACACCACUGCAUACUCUUCUCAUCACUGCAUCUCAGAGACUUUCAGAGCGUUACCAACAAGGCAAUGCAGAGUGGGCCAAGAUUUCUGCUACGAACCCAGACAUCCGCAUUAUCAGGGCAUGGGUGAUUGCUUGGCACAUUGAUGAAAACAUCUGUCUCCGUAGCAUAUAUAAUCUUUGUUACCCUAAGAGGCUAAAUGCCAAUUGA